UCGGCCGCUCAGGUCCCUCCGUACUGGCUUCUCUUGCUCCGCUGCCUUCCUCCUCCGUUAAUCAUGCUGGAACAUCUGAGCUCGCUGCCUACACAGAUGGAUUACAAGGGCCAGAAACUGGCUGAACAGAUGUUCCAGGGGAUUAUUCUUUUCUCUGCAAUAGUUGGAUUUAUCUAUGGGUACGUGGCCGAACAGUUCGGGUGGACUGUCUAUAUCGUUAUGGCUGGAUUUGCUUUUUCCUGUUUGCUAACUCUUCCUCCAUGGCCUAUCUAUCGCCGACAUCCCCUCAAGUGGUUACCUGUUCAGGAAUCUUACCCAGAAGACAAGAAACCAGGGGACAGAAAAAUUAAGAGACAUGCUAAAAAUAAUUGAUUGGGUUUUCACGGUUCAGCACCUGCUUUUGUUUCCUGUGAGAUGAGCUAAAUUGCUUUCAGAGCCAAAACAUGAUGAGCUAAAACCACCUGUACUCUUAGAGCCCAGCUGUGUAUAGACUUCAUUCUUUAUGUUUCAUUUCUAACUCACUUCUGACCUAAAAAUAAUCCGAGACCCUAUGUUGGUAAUCUUGUUCAGUAAUGGAGAACAGAAAAGCAUAAGUAUGCAGUGUUUCUUUCAGAUAUGCAUAAAUAAAUAAAUGUCUCAUAAACAAUAUGUUUAACAAAAGUUUUAUGAUUCAUUGUAGAUCAUUAAAAACUUUUUAAAAACUCAA